AUGCAUUCUGCCCCAUUAGACGUAGCCAAUACUCUAGGCCAAGCAUUUGCACAAGUGUCCGCAAUCGAUUCUUAUAGUCCUGAGUUUCUGGCAAUUAAGAAUCCCGCGGAACGGUUGCCUCUGCACUUUAAUGACCCAAGCACUCAUUCAUACAACUGUAAAUUCAGGAUGUUUGAAUUGGAAACUGCUUUGUCUCAAUCCCACAAUACAAGUCCCGAGCCAGAUGGAAUCACAUAUAAUAUGCUUCGACAUUUGAAUAAAACUUCACUUUCCAAUCUGUUGUUGCUGUUCAACAGAAUCUGGACAGAGCAGAAAUACCCAAUGCAUUGGUGCGAAGCUAUUGUGAUUCCUAUCUUAAAACCUGGCAAAGAAUCAUCAAACCCUCUGAACUACAGGCCAAUUGCUCUGACGAGUUGCCUUUGUAAGACCUUUGAACGCAUGGUCAAUGCUCGUCUAAUCUAUGAACUGGAAAAACAAGGAUGUAUCCCCUCACUGCAGAGCGGUUUCCGUAGAGGUCGCUCUACAUUUGACAAUCUCAUUUUACUGGAAACACAGAUCCGCAACGCUUUUGUGCUUUCCAGAACAUCCUGGGGUGCCGAUCGAACCUCCUUACUCCGUAUUUAUCAAGCUGUAAUUCUUUCCCGGAUCGAAUAUGGGUGUAUGGUGUAUGGUGCCGCCUGCCCAUCAGUUCUGCGGCGACUGGAUACUAUUCAUCACUCUGCAUUGCGCAUCUGUUCUGGAGCAUUUCGUACUUCUCCGGUUGAAAGCCUUUAUCAUGAGCGCACUGGAGACACUGUCGCAUUACCACAAUCGGAUGCAUCCGAUUGCCAUUAA